AGCGACAGACAUCAUGUUUGUUCUCAAAAUUUCUAUAUUGGUGGUACUUCUCGCGCUGACCUCAGCGGAAGAAUCCGAAGAACUGCCCGCUAAAAACAUACAGAAAAGGGGGAUUUUGUUGGAUAUAAUCUCACAAAGCGUGGCUGCGAGGCUCAAGCAAGGGGGAGGUAAAGAAAUACAAGCGCCAUUACUUCAGUGGAAAGAGCCAAGAAGGAUAGAGCUUCAGCUUCAGAAGGGUGAAUACGGUACUACCAGUGUACAAGGAAGGCUGGACCUUGGUGGUGUGAACUAUGCACCUGAACAAAUUAAAGGUAAUUUCUACUGAUACCAAUAGAAGACUCUGAUCCACAAAACAGAGCAUUACAACCCUCAUUCAAUUAGUAUUAUCUUAGUAGUAUUGUACAUUAUUUACUUUAUCUAUAAUGCCUUACUGAUAUCUUAAUAUGUGAGAUAUUACCCAUUGUAUUAUACCUAUCAUACAAUAUAUUAUUGUUGUGUACUAUGAAA